AUGGAUGGCCCCAGGAUGGAGUCAGAAGGCAGAAUCAACAAGACGAUCUCUUCUUUAAUGAGCCAUAAAAGGAACUUGACAUAUUUGCCCUACUACCAGCACUCCCCGCCUGUUGCCGCUAUCUAUAUAAUCUCCUACUUGUUUAUCUUCGCCUUGUGCAUGGUUGGGAACAGUCUGGUUUGCUUCAUUGUGCUGAAGAACAGCCCGAUGAGAACAGUCACCAACCUCUUUAUCCUCAACCUAGCCAUCAGCGACCUGCUGGUUGGGAUUUUUUGUGUGCCCACCACACUCGUGGACAAUUUAAUCACAGGCUGGCCCUUCAGCAAUGGAAUCUGCAAGAUGAGUGGGCUGGUUCAGGGCAUGUCUGUGUCCUCGUCUGUUUUCACGCUGGUGGCGAUUGCCGUGGACAGGUUCCGCUGCAUCAUUUAUCCCUUUAAAUCGAAGCUCAGUCUGCUCAAGGCCCUGAACACCAUCGUGGUCAUCUGGGUCCUGGCCAUCACCAUCAUGUGCCCUUCUGCUGUCAUGCUCACGGUGGUGCAGAUUGAGGAUCACUACAUGGUGUACAAUGACAACCAGAGCCUGGCUUACCCCUUGUAUUCCUGCUACGAGGCCUGGCCCAACAGCGAGAUGCGCAAGGUCUACACCACUGUCCUUUUUGCCCACAUCUACGUGGCCCCAUUGACCCUCAUCAUGGUCAUGUACGGUAGGAUUGGCGUCAAACUCUACAGGUCAUCGGGCCCGGUGAGCAAGCACAGGGUGGAGAACCAGGAGUGCUGCAGUGCUGCUGUCUCCAGGAGGAAGGUCAAGGUAAUCAAGAUGCUCAUUCUGGUGGCCCUGCUCUUCAUGCUUUCCUGGCUGCCCCUGUGGACCCUGAUGCUGUUCACAGACUACACCAAGCUGGAUGACGACCAGAUCGACCUGCUGACGGGCUACAUCUUCCCCUUCGCGCACUGGCUGGCCUUCUCCAACAGCAGCGUCAAUCCCAUCAUCUAUGGCUACUUCAAUGAGAACUUCAAGCGGGGCUUCCAGGCAGCCUUCAAGUUCCAAGUUUGCUCGGAGGAGAUAGGGCAUCAUGAGGCCUAUUCGGAGAAGGUGACGGGCAGCACCAGUGGCUUCAGCACUCGCAACAAGAUCUUCACGGACAGGGAAUCCUCCGACUCCGUCUGCCUCAAGAACCUGCAUGCCAAAGUCCCCUGCCCCGUGCAGAAUGGACAGGCCCAGAAACAGGGACUUCACCUGCAGGAUAUUGAUAAAAUCACCCCUCUGAACAAAGUCUGCAAAGCAUGGGAUGAGUGA